AUGGCAGCUCAUCCGUUCCAUGCUCUAUUCUAUAUCGUCUUCAUGCUCACUGCCUGUGCGCUCUUCUCAAAGACUUGGAUUGAAGUGUCCGGGUCUUCUGCUAGAGAUGUAGCUAAGGAGCUAAAGAAGGAGCUGAAUCGGUAUAUCCCAACAGCAGCUGCUUUUGGAGGAGUUUGCAUCAGUGCACUCACUGUUUUGGCUGAUUUCAUGGGAGUCAUUGGGUCAGGGACUGGAAUCUUACUAGCUGUGACGAUUAUAAAUCAGUACUUCGAAACCUUUGAGAAUAAAAAAGCGAGUGAGCUUGGCUUCUUUGGCUUCUGA